AUGAUAUACUCCACUGUCUUUCUCUCGGCCUUGCUGGCUGCGGUAGUUGCUGCUGCUCCUGGCAUUGACCCGCUGCAAUACCGCAACUCCGAGUACUACAAGCCAGAGUACUACAAGCCAGAGUACAGGCCGGAGUACAAGCCCCAGGAGUACUACAAGCCUCACGACUACUACAAGAACUACUACCCCAACUCCAACAGCUACCAGAACUACUACCCUUACAUCAAGCCCAACUUUGUAAACGCCUACGAGAAGCAGCAAGCCUACGACUCAAACGCUCAGGCCUAUGAAAACGGAAAUGAGAACGCUAACGCUAUGGAGUCUCUUGCCGGCGCAAAGUCUGAGAACGCCAACGAGAACGCCAAUCUCGCAAAGGGAGGAGAGGCAUUCGGUUUCGGUGCUCUGGAGUCCGACAAUCGUAACUUGCUCGCCAACGAGAACAACAUUGAGGUUGCCAACGCCAACAAGAACGAGCUUGGUGUGGAGGUUGCCAACUUUAACGCCAACGACAACACUGCCCAGCAGGAGUCUGCGGCGUUGGCUGAGGUCCAGAGCGAGGAUUUGGCUUUCUUUGAGGAUGUGAUUGAGAAUGAGACCGACAACCUCAACGCCAACGAGAACGUUAAUGACAACAUUGACCGCAACAACAGAGGACGUCCCUGCGCUCGUCCAUCUUGCCCUACUCCCUGCAACAGCUGCGGCCAUUAA